AUGAGCACACAGGGUCCCAGCCCCCUCGCCUUCCUCACCGCCCCUGUCACUGCCGGCAGUCCCACAGAGGCAGUUGACCCCCUCCCGGCGCUACUCGCCCUGGCCUGCAUCUUCCUUCUGCUGGCCAGCUGUCUGCUCUUCAUGACCCUCUGCAAACCGGCCGCUCUGGACCCGAGCCGCAGGGCUCGGGAGUGCAUGCCCCACCACCCCGGGAGCCCCAGCGAGCCCCAGCUCAGGCUCUGGAAACGCCUGGGCUCUCUGCGCCGCUCCCUGCACAGCUUCCGCAGAGGCAGGCCUGCUCCCAGACGCCCCCUGCCGGGCUGCGAGGACAACCUCGACUGUGACUGCACGGAAUCUACCAAGAUGUGA